GUGACAUUGACCAGCCGAGUUGGACAAAUAAAAUGGAUAUAUCCAGCAGCAGGUGGAGCUGCUUGAAGAAGACGAUACACCUUCCUUAACGACAGGCUAAGUUGAUUAGUAGUAGGCCCUUACCUUGUAAAAUGUGGAUUAAUUGGUGAAAUUAAAUAUAGCGAUCAGAUUGCAUAUGUCCGGUGCAUCUUUUUGAUGCAGGCUUGAUGAGACAAUUUGGAUGCUGCAAGUAGACAAAUGGGUAUCUUUAAAGAUAAAUCUUUAGAGGAGAGUAAAGAAUCAGAGGAAGGGAAUUACAAAGAGAGUUCAGUCACGGUUCCUCUAUCCUCCCGGGAAAAUGGUAAUUGUGAUAGUGAAGAAGCUGGAGAGGACUCAGAAGAGGAUUGUGAGGAGAAAUCCCAAGAGGAUGUAGAGAUGGAGCUUGAAGGGAGUGUGGAAGAACAAACAGAAGAUGAAUUGGUUGAAGGUUCUGAAGACGAGUUGGAAGAUGAUCAAGAAGAGGAUCCUGAGGAGGAACCCGAAGAGGAUGUUGAGACAGAGCUUGAAGAGAAUCCAGAAGAGGAGCCAGUAGAAGGUUCUGAAGCUGAUCUUGAGGAUGAUCAAGAAGAGGAUUCAAGUGAAGAUCAAGCUGAGAAAUCGGUUGUAGAAUGUGCUACUCCAUCCAAGUCAUGUAAUGAUUAUGUUUCCGCUGAGCGAAAAACUGAAUAUGAAGAUAAAGACCCCUCAGCAAGGUGCUUGUUUAAGUCAAAUCCUAAAACUGAGACGGAGCCAGCAUAUCAGACUUCUUCAACUGGAAAACAGAGGAUAGUGGUUAAUGCAACAGACAAGGCUUCACUAUCACAAAAUUAUAGUAUUGAAAACAAUUGCGAGAAUGAUGUAGCUGUUAAACAAGCCCACGCAUUUCAACAAUGUGUACAAGGAGGGCUUGACGCUGUUGUUGACACAAGUUCUGGACAACAGGCUAAUUUUGGUAAACGAAGGCGUAGUAGAUGGGACCAAGAUCGUGAAGAUGACAAAAAAAUAGUUGUAGAAGAUAGAAAUGGUAAAAAGCGUAAAUCAAGGUGGGAUUCUGAUGAUUCUAAGUUGGAAUCGGAGGAGCCUCAGCUAGAUUUAGAGGUUCAGGCAUUAAAAAGUAGACUUUCGGAAAUCAACUGCAUACUUCAUCCACGUGAAGACACUAAUGUUGGAGCAGGGUUUCGCAAGAAAUUAAUGAAAGAACAUAAAAAGAUCUUAUCCAAGUUGGAAAAGAAGAACGCCAUUUUUUAUAAAGAAUUGUAUGUACCAGUAAAGGAAUAUCCAACAUAUAACUUCUUUGGUAUCAUAAUUGGACCAAAAGGAAACACACAAAAGAGGAUGGAGAUGGAGACUGGGGCUAAGAUUCGGCUGAGAGGUACGGGUUCCAUCAAAACAGCUAAGGGGGUUGAUACGUCUAAAGAUACAGAUUUACGUGUCUACAUAGAGGCAAGCAGUCAGAAAUCUCUUGAUGCCGCUGUAUGUAUGAUUGAAAAAUUGCUAAUCCCCGUAGAAGAGGGAAUGAAUGAUCAUAAGCGAGCCCAAUUACAGGAACUUGGUAAUCUUAAAGCAGCAGGUAUAAUUAACUCAUGUAGUGUGUGCAAGGAGACAGGGCACAAUCAAUUUGCCUGUCCUCAGAAGAGAUCUACCUUGGAGGCCGCUUGUGACACUUGUGGAAACUUUAGUCAUCCCACUUCUGCUUGUCCAGUUACCCCUUUGAAAUUGAAAAUUCAAUCCUCCAGAGAAAUAAGUGCUGCAAAUCUUUAUGUUGGAUCUCUUCCCCAAACUAUAGAUGAUAGUCGUUUGCGGGAGCUUUUUUCUCCAUUUGGAACAAUUACUGAAUCGAAAGUCAUAAUAGAUCUGGUAACUGGUAGAAGUAAAGGUUAUGGCUUUGUCAGGUUUGAUACUCCCACUGCUGCAAGCUUAGCCAUAAAGCAUAUGCAUGGGCACCAACUGGAUGGGCGCAGUCUGGUAGUGCAGAUAGGAGGUACUCCUGUUUAUCCUAUUCGUGGACCUGUAGCAGUAGCUACCAGCUGCCCUGCUUUGCCUCGCUAUAUGCUACCAGAUGCACAAGUGUCGGUCCACAGUGGUGAAGGCUCAGGCUUUCCAUUAUCACUAAACUUGAAUUACAACAAUCAAUUUCUUCAGAACGGGGCUCCAGUGUCAAGUGGGUCCAGGACUGCAUAUUCAUCGACUGGUUUUGUGUCGAUGUCAACUGAGUCGAGGAGUGCAGUUCCAUCAACCAAUUUUGUUUCGCAAUUCCCGGGUAAUCCUGACUAUCCUGGUUUGGUUUCAGGGUCAACUGAAUCAGGGACUGGAUAUCCUUCAGUUGGUUUAGGAACAAGUUUUACCGAGUCCGGGAGUGUGUAUCCAUCAGCAAGUUUUGUUUCGAUGUUCCCUGGUGAUCCGGACUAUCCGGGCUUAGUUUCGGGGAGUGUGUUUUCAUCAGGCAGUUCAGUUUCAAAGUUCCCUGGUGAUCCUGACUAUCCUGGUUCAGGAUUUCAGUCAUUCUUUUAGUAAAAAUGUUGUAAACCGCCAACUCACCUUGCAACUCAAACUGUUUAUUCAGGUUAUUUGCAGGCAGUGGCUUGAAAACAUAGUCAAAAUCAUUACCCGAAUAAAAUAUGUGAGAUAAUUAAACAGAUAAGGUUAAUCAUUUGAUGAAGAUCAGCAAUAUAAAAUUAAAUUUGUCAGCUAA